GUCGGUUAAGCGGUGGUCAACAGCGCCGGGUGUCGAUCGCCAUAACUAUGAUUCACAGACCGAGACUUAUUAUACUGGAUGAGCCCACUGUGGGGGUCGACUCACUGCUCAGACAUAAGAUAUGGCAAUACUUGGAGUACAUGUGCGCUAAUUAUGAGGAGGCCCGAAAAGCGGCAAACGUGGCGUUUAUGAGCGCCGGUACUAUAUUGAAACAAUCGGAGCCCAACCAUCUCAUGUCAGAAUACCAGUGCUCGACACUUGAGGAGGUCUACUACAAGCUAUGUAUCAAUCGUCGUAAUUCUCAAACACCAAAACAUACGGAAACUAACCGCAAGAUCAGCGCAAAUGAGACUACAAUUGCCGACAAAACUAACUCUCCAUCCGAUGAGCGCUUUAUAGACAUAACACGCGUUAAGGCAAUGCUAUGGAAAUACUAUGUCCUGUCAACGCGUAAACCUGUAUUCCUAUACCUAUUCUACUUGAUGCCGGUGCUGGUGCUGACAUGUCUGCGCUACGCUGUGGGUCACGUCCCACACAACAUACCGAUCGUGGUGUACAACGGGGAGUACGAUCACCCGGACCUCUCUCGUCAGUACAUCGAUGCCAUCGAUAGGGAACACCUGUUGAUCACAGAGUCGCGCGACUUUGACGCCGCCUACCAGUCCGUAGUAAACGGCACCAACACUUUGAUGAUAGGUUUGGGCGCAAACUUUUCGUAUGGGUUUGAGACUCGUAUGUUAGACUACAUCUCACUGGACGCCGAUGACCUGGAUGAAAGUAAAAUUAAACUGUAUGUGGACUUUACAAACCCCGCUAUUACGGUGUAUGUAUUGAAGUACAUUAAACAGGCAUUGAAUGAGAUGUUGAUCCAAAAUAAGCACCGAUUCGGUGAGAAUGCCAUGCGAUUCAUGCACGUGCUUCAGAUAGAGGACCCGGUUUACGGCACUUAUACGUUCUCCUUAUCCAAUCAAAUUAGCCCCGGUAUUAUCAUAGCGUUGGCCCACAUAUUACCCAUGAUUAUAGCGGGUUUACAGAUCAUUAAUGACCGCAAAAACAAUAGUCUUGAGCGCAUGCAAUGUGCGGGUAUUAAACCAAUGGAGAUAUUUAUCGCACAAUUCAUAGAGAAUACGCUAUUAAUUGCCACACAAUUGCUGUUAACUAUGUUUAUGGCAUUUGUUGUCUUCAAUAAUGAACAAAACGGCAGUUAUAUUGAAGUCUAUUUACUGCUAUUUGUGACCGGAUUACAGGGAAUGGCGUUAGGGUUGCUCACCGGUAUUGCAAUGGCUGAUGAGACCUCGUUUCUGGACAGUGGAGGCACUGCGCUUCAUAAUGCUACGAUCUUGGAGCUACUCUAA